GAAAAAGCUGAAGAUAGAUGGUCCUCGCCAACGGCCCUGCAAAGAACAACAGCGCAUCACCGGCCCGGGCCGUAACUCGGAUACGCGACUCAUUGUCCCUCUGCCUCCACCAAUAAUUACCGAAGCUUCCGUCAGCCGCACGGCGGGCGAAAGAGCCAGAAAGAAGAACCGGGCAGAGACGAAGCGAGUAGAGCUGAGCAGAGACGGAAUUGACAGCAUGAAGAACUAAGCAGAAUGAAACAAUAAGCAGAAUGAAAAUAGGCUGAAUGGAGAAGUUAACAGAGAGACGAGAACAAUAGAGAGAAUUAACAGAGAGGACAGUGAAAUGAACAGACGGUAUAAACAGAACGAAGAAACAAACAGACCCCAAAUUAACCAGAACCCAAAUAACCAGAACCCAAAUAGCCUGAGCCCAAAAGAAACAGAAAAUAAAAGAAAGCACAGCAGAGAAAUUAAUCGGAACUCAAAACACAUGAAAACAGACCCUGACAAGAGGCACACCUGGAAAAACCGGUCCUGCGCGAAGGCCCCAGGCCCGCCCGCUCACGUGACCACCACGGCGAUAGUGGCCAGCCCAGGAAAAACGCGCAUGGACCGAGCACGCACCGAACCCGCGGAAGAAGGCCCCAGGGAAUUCGGCACGCAAACGAGCGCCAACACUGGCAGAGGCAGGCCCCAGCCACGGAACAGAAACCGAGGAUGAACAAAACAGAAAGGGGAACACAGAGAGAGGAACAAGACAGAGAGAGGAAAAAGACAGAGAGGGUGAAUAGAAAGUCGAAGAAAGAGAGUAAAGAAAAGCAGUAGGAGAAACAGAGUGAACAAACAGUGUAAAACAGACUAAUAAAAAACAGAGUGAAUGAAACUGGUGAAAGAAUCAGUGUAACAAAGAAUUAAAAAAACCCGGGUGAAUACAACCGGUCCGAGAAUCAGCGAAAAACUGGUGAAAGAUUUAAAGUAAAAAAGAAUUAAAAAUCAGGGUGAAUAAAACUGGUCCGAGAAUCAGAGCAAAAAACUGGUGAAAGAAACAGAGUAAAAAAAAACUAAAAAAGAAUUAAAAAAACCAGGGUGAAUAAAACUGGUCCAAGAA